ACACCGUUAUUUGCAGUUUUAGAACAAACUUUUAGAUUCUAAAGUAUCUGGCUGGCUUUUAGCAACUUAUAGUUAGUCAGUCACACAGAGUAUCUUGUAACUAAUAGAUGUGUGCGGUUUACAGAGCGCUGUUCGUUAAAAACUAAAUUCGCAAAUAAAUAAACAAAAAAAAAAAUCAAAAUAUUUAUUAAAACAAAUAAAAAGUGGUUUAAAUUAUUAACAAAUUACCAAAAUUGGAGAAAAUUAAAAAUGUGUGUUUAAAAAGAAGAUAAAACCGAAUAAAAAAAUCUUAAAACUAAAGAGUGUAUAGAAAGAUCGAGAAUUUUUUACAAUAUUAAAAUAAAAAAACGUAAAUACUUGUAUGUAUUUUGGUCAUUUUAAGGAAUCUUGUUUAUUGGUGAAAUUUUUUCGUUUUUUGCUGUUUUGGUUUUUGGUCAUUGCCAUUGUGUCAUUGCAAUCCAGAUAUAGAAAUACACAGAAAUUCCAAUAACUUGCAAUACAAACAACCAAGGUUUUACAACUGGAAAAUACAACAAAAUCACCGAAUCACCAAAGAACCGGCAAAUUAAAAAAUAUAUAUUGAAAAUCAAGCCCUCAUUUUUAUUACUCAAAAAGCUGAUUAACUAAAAUUUUAACAAUACAAAAAAAUAAAAAAAAAACCAAUAAGAAGUUAAAAAAUAUAAAAGAAAAAAGACACCCAUAAUUAACAAACCACAGUACAAAAACAUUUGUGAUUAAAUUUAUUUCAAGUUUGUGUGUUUUUUCGUAUUUUUAUUGCCAAUUUACUAAAUUGGUAUUCUGACGUUUCAUUUCUUUUACAAUUGUUACGAAACGUGUGAAAUGCAAAAAUAAUGACGGCUUUCAGAUUGAACGAAGUGAAAGCAGACGUAUUUCACGUACCGCAAACGUAUUCAUUGGCCUACAGCUGUAAUGCUGAUUUCUAUGCAGAAAAGGGUAAAUUGGCCUGGAAGUUUGGCGUUAUAUUUGGCCAGCAUGAUGAAUUAAGCCGUCAGUAUAUUUGUAGCGGCGAAGUAGCGGUAUUGGAAGACAAUGCUCGCUUCAUUUAUUCUUUGGUUACCAAAGACACCAUGUAUCACAAGAGCUCGUAUGAGAAUGUAGAGUCGGCUUUAAUAUGUAUGAGACAUCAUAUGCACAAUCACAAUGCCCACAAGGUUGCCAUGCCCCGAAUUUGCUGUGGCAGUGAUGAUUUAAAAUGGUCACGUAUCAGAGAAAUCAUUUUGCGGGUAUUUGCCAAUGAAUACAAUACAGAAAUUAUGAUUUGUAAUUAUCAUCCAACAAAGAUUGUAGAUCCCAAAUGUCGCAUAUUGGAGCAGCGUGGUCAUAAUAUUACAGCCCCGGAAAACUGUGCCCUGGUACAUUCGGUUAGUGCAGACUUUGCCAUGUGCAAUGGCAUUGGCAUGCAAUUAAAUUGCAAAUAUGGCACAGCAAAUGAAACUUUGAAACAAUACAAACACACCGGAAAUGUGGCGGUAUUGAAAGAACAGAAACGCUACGUCUACAAUCUAGUGACCAAAGAACGUAAUCAUGAGAGAUGUACAUAUAUUGCCUUGUUUUAUGCUCUCACCGCUACCCGAGAUCAUAUGCGUCAACAUGGUGUUAAAAAAUUAGCCAUACCACGCUUGGGUUGUGGCAUUGAUCGUCUCGAUUGGUUGCGUGUUAAAAAUAUUUUGGAAAUGGUUUUUGCUGAGGAUGAGGUUGAUAUAACAACGUAUUCCCAUGAUCCCCUAUUGUCCGUACCCAGUCGUGAGCAGUUGCAUGUCCACUGUGCCGCAUGCAAGAGGGCCUUCUGACAUAAAGCUAAGAAUUCUAUAGCAAAGAAUUCUAACAAAAAACCAACUAACAGCAGCGCAAAGAAAUGGUAUUAAUUUUAAGCUUUGAGUUUCUAAACACCAUUUCCUAUAUAAUUUUUUGGCAAAAAAAAGUUUGCUUCAAUUCUAGUGUAUUUAAGUAAUUUAAACAAAGUUUUUAUACCCUUCGCCAUGUGUGACAAGGGCACACAUUUUUCAUUUGCGACUCCAUAAAGUAUAUACAGCAUUGGUAGGCAAAAAGAGGCAUUUAAUUUGUGUGUUCUUUUGGGUAAAAAAUAAAAUAUCCACAACAACAUCAAGAAGCUGAAUGAAUUGUGUGUAUUUUUACGCUCUAUUACGCUCUUUUGUUCACAUUCGGGUUGUUUGACGAAAAUCAUCGUAACCUGAACAAUAUGAACGCCUACCAUGGAUAUAUGUAUAUUUUGGAUCGUUAUAGAUAUGGAUAAUGCCAUGUCUUGUAUGUUGAAAUCAAAUUUCCGUAUUCCCCUAAUAACUUAAAUACAUAAUUGAUACAUCAAUAAAUAUCAUAUAGUGCAACUUAGAUUGCUAUUUAAAAUCGAGGAAAUCGGCUCACAAAUGACUGAGAUAUAGCAUAAAACAGCGACUUCCUAAAUUUGUUCACCAAAAAUAGUUUUAAAUAUUUUACUUAAUGUAUACUUUGGUGAAGGGUAUAUAAGAUUCAGCACAGCCCAAUAAAGCACUCUCAUUUAUUUUUAAUAUAAUUGUAGUUUUAAAAUGCCUGCUUGGAAAUGGUGUUUAAUUAAAUCCCAAAUAAUUGAGUUUAAUUUCACCUGUGGAAAAGAAUCCACAAAAGGUAUUUAUUCUAUUGUUUAGUUAGACAUCAUAAAUCUCUUUUGUUUUUAAAUUACUUAUUUUAUUACUGUAUGAUAAUAUAAAUAUUUUUUUCUCGUUCAUGGUCAGUGUCUAUUUAUUUUUUGUUUUCGUUUUGAGAUAAUUAUAAUGAAUAUUACGUUUCCACCAAAACUUUUAUAUGGAAUGAUGUCACUUUAUUUAUACGAUAUUUAUUUAUUUAUACUUUUUCUUCGCACCUGUAACAAUUAACUAAAUAAAAAAUAUAAAAUUAUAGUUAUUUAAACAAAAGUAA